UAUGCGAGGUUCACGACAUAAAAUUAUAAUCAUUUUAUUGUUCUUUUGACACGUUCGUGAAUGUUCACCGGUCUGUCACUGUGUGGAUAUUUCUAAGCAUCUAAACAUGACGCGGCAUAAAUCGAAACGUGAUUGGUUGCUUACCUAUCAGUCACAUGACCUCUUGGGCGGGGCUUGGGCAAAGAUAACGACGAGGAUAAGAUCCAGACGGUCUGGUAUCUGGGAGACUAAAGUGAAAGUAAUUCGAUUAGCAACAACACAAGAAGCAUUAACUCUCCAAACUGAAUGCGUCCUCAGUCAUUAUAAUAGUGAACACAAGAGCUUCUCUCACAGUUGUAUAAUGGCCGAUGAGCUUCUGUGUUCAAUCUGUCUGGAUGUGUUCAGUGAUCCAGUCAGCACUCCAUGUGGACACAACUUCUGUAAGAUCUGUCUGAAUACAUACUGGAACAACAGUCAAGACUACAGAUGUCCAAACUGUAAAGAAACAUUUACGCAGAGACUUGAUCUCAAGAUUAAUACAACAUUCAGAGACAUUGUGAAUGAGCAGAAGAAGAAAUCUGAAGUUGUGUGUGACAUCUGUACUGAAGGAAAGCUGAAGGCUGUGAAGUCGUGUCUGGUGUGUCAGAGCUCUUACUGUAAAACUCACCUGGAGUCUCAUUUGAGAGUGUCAGGAUUACAGAAACACAAACUGAUUGAUCCUGUGAAGAAUCUACAGGAUUAUAUAUGUCAGAAACAUGACAGACCUCUGGAGCUCUUCUGUAGAGAUGAUCAGACAUGUGUGUGUCUUUUCUGUACUGAAGGAGAUCACAAGAAUCACAACACUGUUCCUAUAAGAGAGUCUGAGCUGCAGGAGACAAUGGAGGAGAGGCAAACAGGAUCAAAGGAGCACAAUGAAUGUGUCAUUAAAUAUUUGGAGCAGGAGAUCAGUGAAAUGAAGAAGAAAAACAUUAAGAUGCAGAUGAUAGCAGAGAAGCAGAGAGCAGCUGAGACACAAGAUAAAUGUCUUAUUAAAGAUCUGAAAAAGGAAAUCACUGAGAUACAAUGGAGAACCAAAGAGUUGGAGAAGGUGAGACAGAAGCAGAUCACAGCAGAGAAUGUCAUUAAAGUUCAAGAUCAGGAGAUCACUGAUCUGAAGAAAAGAAACAUUGAGCUGAAGAAGAGUGACGCUGAUCUGAAGAAGAGAGACGCUGAGCUGAAGAUGAUAGACGAUGAGCUGAAGAUGAUAGAAGAUGAGCUGAAGAAGAGAGACGCUGAGCAGAAGAAGAGAGACGCUGAGCUGAAGAAGAGAGAAGCUGAACUUAAGAAGAGAGACUGUGAGCUGAAGAAGAGAGACGCUGAACUUAAGAAGAGAAACGCUGAGCUGAAGAAGAGAGACGCUGAACUGAAGAAGAGAGACGCUGAGCUGAAGAAGAGAGACGCUGAGCUGAAGAAGAGAGACGAUGAGCUGGAGAUGAGAGACGAUGAGCUGGAGAUGAGAGACGAUGAGCUGGAGAUGAGAGACGAUGAGCUGAAGAAGAGAGACGCUGAGCAGGAGGUGAGAGACGCUGAGCUGAAGAUGAGAGAUGUUGAGCUGAAGAAGAGAGACAAUGAGCAGGAGAUGAGAGACGCUGAGCUGUGGAGGAGAGACGCUGAGCUGAAGAGGAGAGACGCUGAGCUGAAGAGGAGAUACGCUGAGCUGAAGAGGAGAGAUGAUGAGCAGGAGAUGAGAGACGAUGAGCUGAAGAGGAGAGAUGCUGAGCUGAAGUGGAGAGAUGUUGAGCUGUGGAGGAGAGACGCUGAGCUGAAGAGGAGAGAUGCUGAGCUGAAGAAGAGAUACGCUGAGCUGAAGUGGAGAGACGCUGAGCUGAAGAGGAGAGAUGAUGAACUGGAUACGAGAGACACUGAGCUGAAUUGGAGAGACGCUGAGCUGAGGAGGAGAGACGAUGAACUGGAUUUGAGAGACGAUAAGCUGGAGAAGAGAGAUGCAGAGCUGCUGAUAUUGAAACGGAUUACAAUUGUUUUUGGACUCAUCCUAUUAGUGUUGAUUAUUGUUGCAUCUGGUAGGUGAAGAUAAUACACAAAGUAGUGGUGGGCUGGCCUGGGCCACUUAUCGCGCGAUAAAAAAAAUGUCGCCGUUAAUCUAUUCUCAAAGUUGGGUUGGGAGCUGGGUCUAUACUACGCUAGCUAUGAUUACUUUCACCUUGAUAUUUUAGCGCGGAUGUAUACCAGCUUAACUGCACUGUACGGGGCGAGAACGAGAUUUUUCAACUCGCGUGAUUCGCGUGAUUCGCGGAAGCAGAAGCCGCCUCAUCAUCUCAUAACCAGGGCUUCAUUUGCGUCCUUAGCGCGGCCUCAUCAUCUCAUAACCAGGGCUUCAUUCGCGCGAUUCGCGCAGCAAGUAGGUCUAUUGGCUCUUUGCAUUAACAUAUAAAUCACUCGCGCUUGACACGCCAUUCGCGUUUGGUCUGAACACAACAUAAUGUUACUGUGAAAUUACCGUAUCAAACGUGACGUGCUAACAUGGAUGCAGCUAUGAAGCCGCCGGGUUUGCUUCAGGGAAUAUUAAUUUUUAAGAAGCUUCCCUAUAGAAACAUCGACAAGACUAAGGUUGUUUGCACCUUGUGCAAUGCGAAAUUGGUUUAAAAAAACCUUUCUCUCAACAGGUAGUGGUCUAGCUUUAGUUGAAACCAGUAACUUUGUAUUGAGAUCUAAUGUAUUAUGGCUCCUGUAUGACAUAUCGCUUGUUGCUCCCUCACUCUUUGUAAGUCGCUUUGGAUAAAAGCGUCUGCUAAAUGACUAAAUGUAAAUGUACUGUAGGAGCUCUUCCAGUCUCAAGUACCACCUAAACGCAAAUCAUCCCUUAGCUAAUGCGGAAGUGAACACAAGUUCAUUUUAUUGAACAUAAUUUAAUUUUCAUCACCAAUUAUCAGAGUAGAACAGCUUUCUCAAGCAGUUUGUGAUGCAUUUUGGAAACAGGAGAUGAGCCUCUGGUCUAAUGCGCCACCUGGCUUGAGAAACCCGUUCUCAAAGACUUACUUUUAGUCAUUAUUUGGGUAGCACACAUAUUCUGAAUGCCUUCGGCAGAAUUCAAAUGAGCCAUUUUAAUCUAGAUUAAUCUUGGAAUUAAUCUAGAUUAAUCUAUAUUAAAAAAAUUAAUCUAUGCCCACCACUAACACAAAGUUUAAUGUUCUAGCAAAUGAGCUACAGCAGGGGUUUUCAAACUUUUUUUAGGAACUCCCAUUUCCUAAACCAUUCUUACUUGAAGUACCCACUGAGAUAAAAAAUAUAUUUUAUGAACAAAUCUGAAUGUUUAUCUUCAAAAAACAUUUUUUUAUUUUAUAUUUUUUAACCUGUAAAAGGUUUUUUCUUUGCAAUUUAACUAAUUUCAUCAAAGUAUUGGAAACAACAAAGGUAGAGACACAGUGUACUCUUUAAUUCACAAACCCCCUACAUCCCCAUUUCAGGAAACCUUGAGUUACUGUAACACAUUGGUUCCCAACAGGUGGGCUGUGGGCCACAGGGGGCCCUAGCUGACGUUCAAGGGGGACCCAGGAAGACUAUUCAUUAAAAAUGAGACAAAAUUAGCAUUUUCAUACAUUUUAAAAUGCCAAUUAACCAAGAUAUUUUUUGUAUUUGUCCAUUGUUAUAUUGAAUAAAAAGAAUUACAGUUAAUAUCAAGCUCUGAAAUAUUUUAUAGGAUAGUGAUGCAGAUAUUUUGUAAGUGGAGGGCGGACAUUUGUACAUAGUUGGAUAAAGUUGGGAACCCAUGCUGUAACAAAUGAGGAGUUUGGUUCCAAAACGAAAAAGUCAGUCUUAAAAUCUUUUCAAUAAUCAUGUUUUUUUUACUGUACAUUCCACUUAAUAUCAGUCCAAAUGCAGAUGGUUGUUUUGAUUUUAGCCAUAAUAACAAAACUUAAAGCAAACCAACACCGUGUUAACACUGGACUUGACUGCUGCAUCGAAACGCAUUAGAAAUGCAUAGAUGACCAUCAAAAUUUUGUCCACACUGGAUGGGGAAUUGGGCAGCAAACCCAUUAAGGACAACCAGGUUGUAAGUAGACAAACACAACAAAAAUGAUAACACAUUUUUGAAAACAUUAUCUAAUUUUGGCACUAAACUCCUAAUUUAAUUUAGUUCAAUAUUGUAAAUGUGGCCCUGGACCAUAAAACCAGUCUUAAACCUGGAUCACACUACAAGACUUUUGCACAGAUUUUUACCAGAUUUCUGUCUGUAGUUGUUGCUGAAAGUUAGUGCCAGUCUGCAUAUUUUAUUCUGUAUUGUGAUGCCCAGUCAAAAAGUCUGUGAGUUUGUUUUUUAAUCUGUUCAGAUUUUAAAAGUCUUGUGGUGUGAUCCAGUCUUUAAGUUAUCGACAACAAUACAUUGUAGGGGUAAGAAUUGUUGAUUUUUAUUUUUUGCCACAAAUCAUCAGGAUAUUAAAUAAAGAUCAUGUCUCAUGUAGAUAUUUUGUAAAAUUUCCACCGUAAAUAUACUGUAAGGGAAAAUAGCCAGAAACGCCCCUACUACCUUCACUCGCUGCUGUCUGCUCUUGGAGAAUUAUGCAGUCGACUUUGGUGUCUAUAAUAAUUAAUAAACUUUCAAAUAAAAAAUAAUUUCAGCUUUUAAGUUUAAUUAUUCACCACAACCUCAUUACAGCGCUAAGCCAAAAUAGAAAAUAGUGUGUUAAUACAAACCUGUUUCUUUUUUAAAUAGUGAUGAAUAUCACCCAAAUAUUGUAGUGUAUCCAAAUACCAGACAUCAAAGGAAAUUUAUUCAGCUUUCAUGAAUAUAUAAAUAUAUUUUAUAAAUUUUAUAAGUUGACCCUUAUGAUUGGCUUUGUGAUCCAGGUCACAAAUGACAUUUUGAAUAAAAACAUAUAAGGCAACCGUUCACAGAUAGGAUCCUUGUUGAGAGAUCUGAUUUUUUAUGUUAUUUCGGUAAAUCCAAGCACAUUCUGUUUAUUAUAUAUAUACAUUUAAUUAUAUAAAUGGACACAAGAUACAUAUGAGAUCACCUCUGUAUUUUUCUUGGAAUAGCUGCAUUGUU